AUGUCCGCCAAAACUUAUCCCCCCUACAAAUUCAUCUUCUUCGACUGCGACAACACCCUCGUCGAGUCUGAAGACUUGGCCUUCAACACUACUGCGAACCUUGUGAAUGAAAUUCUUGAAAAACAUGGAAAGACCGAGCGUUACACCCCAGAGACGCUCAUCCGUGACUUCUGUGGGUUCAACUUCCGUAGUAUGAUGCCGGUUCUGUGUCAAAGACAAGGCAUCAAGAUGGACCCCGAGGAACUCACACACUAUGCCAAACUCGAAGAGGAACGUGUCGUUGCUAUGUUCGCCGAGAAGGGCAAGCCGUGUGAUGGUUCUCUCGAGGUGCUCGAGAAGCUCCACAGCGAAGGAAAAUACAAGCUGGCCGUGGUGUCUUCGUCUGCUCUUGGCCGCAUCCGGGCACAGAUGAAGAAGACAGGUCAUGACAAGUUCUUCGACGAGGACUGUGUCUUCUCUGCCCAGAACUCGAUGGACGUUCCAAGCAGCAAACCAAGCCCUGCCGUGUACCUUCAUGCCAUGGAGAAACUGGGGGCCAAACCGAAUGAGUGCCUCGCGGUCGAAGACAGUGUCUCUGGAUGCAGAGCUGCUGUGAAAGCAAGAAUCCCUACCAUCGGCUAUGUUGGCGCUUACCACACCGGCAUGGCCAAACACCAAAUGUUGCUUCGACUCAUCGAUGCCGGCUGCAAGGCCAUCCUUUGGGACUGGGAGAACUGGAACACUAUCUUUGAAGAGAUGGCACCGUACACCAAGAAGAAGUAA